AGUCUCACACUCACUACCCGGUUAGUCGUCUGGCCACAAACGGCUCUCAUCCGUCAGCUGAAGGAGCGCUGCAUUCGUCCAUCCGUCCGUCUGGCUCGGAUUUCUUUGCUUCAAGUCGUCUCAAGGCGACGUUCUGCAGCUCAAGUUGGAGAAUCAACAGCUGGAAGACAUCUGGACCGCUUGAAACCACCUGACACACAAACACCUUCCGCUGCGUCAGGCCGCCGAGGGUCAGGAGAACGAAGGCUGCUGAGGAAGAGGAGAGCAGCCACUUCAUCCUCGCUGUUGAUCCUGCUUCAGGAUGCCGGACAAUACUGAGUGCUGGACAGCGGACACACACACACACACACACGUGCACACACACACACGUGCACACACACACACGUGCACGCAAAGGUCGGGAGAAAGUCUAUAGAAGGAAGUAAUAUUGUUAUUAAUGAUGCAGGGAGCACUUGUGAAAGACAUAAAUACACACACACAGACACACAAACACAAAGCCAGCAGGUUUCCUAAGAACAGGAAGGGAGGGACAUUUAAGGUUUAAGGACAUUUAAUAAAUAAGGGAAGCUCAGAACAAUUUCAGGCUUUUUUUUACCCCCGUUUAACCGGGUUUUUGUUAUAUAAAUAUCUGUAAAUCAAUAAGUGUAACAAUCAAAGACGCUCAAACUUUAGUUGUCAUUUGGGACUUUCUUUUUGGGGGGGCGGUGUUAAACCCAAACCGCCACCAUGUUGAGAGCUACCGAGAGGCCUUCAGUGCUCCCAAAUUGUGGGUCCGGAGCCCUCAAAUUGUGUAAUUCUUCCGCAUCAGAUGGUACUUUGGACGUUCAGUUCCUCCAUUGAUUGGUUCGGGCCUGAAGCCGCUUCCUUGUGACGGAUGAAUUGAAAGUAAGAUUUCUUUUCUUUCACCGCAGGGAGAGUCAAAUUCCUCUAAUUUUAGAUUUUCUUGAGAAUGUAACAAUGGAUCUUUUGAGAAAAGCUCUAAAAAGCAAACGAGGAAAAAGUUGAAGAUUCAUUUACUCCCAUAAAAAGCCAUUGUGUCAAAUAGCAACCCUUAGGCAAAGUAAACAUUCUACAAUGUUCUCCUAAACGACGUCGUUUUGGGGCCUUUACUUAACUUUUGAUUCCUGUGAAGCUGGAACUUUAAUUUGAAAAAAAGACAAUUGUUUUGAGGACAAGGAGGAGCAACUUUUAGUCAAAGGCAAAUCCCUCUAGUCUUCAUAAAAGGUUUAGGAAUAGAGAUUAAACUUUCAAAUGUUAGGAGUUCACCUUCCAAUCAUCCAAAGUCAACAACAAUAACAAUAAACUCCUGUUAUAGAAACAAGAUGUUAUUAUUUCUAUUUAACGAAGCUGCUGACUUUGCAUUUCACGUUGCAGCAUGAAGGCGUAUUGAAACGUGUGUUUACAGCAGACGUCUCGCGGGGUUUUCCUUUCCCAGAGACAGGGAGUGUGGGAAUCCAGAGUCAAGCUAAACUAAGAAGCACAAGUAUUUAUUAAUGGGGUCAGUACCGGGGCGGGAGAGGGGGUCACGGGGGUCAGAUAGUAAGAGAACACACACACACACACACACACUCUCAAUGUGCUUUGGUCAGCUGUAAGUAUAAUUAUACCCUGAAAUGUAUCUACGGUUUUACUUUAUUAUCCGAUUGGAGAUUUGAAUCGUCGAGGAGAUGACGACAGACGUGUUCUCUGUGAUUCUAGGUCCCGCUGAGAGACAAAUAGAUACACAGAAGGUCUGACAUGGCGGACUGGAGCCUGCUGGGAAACUUCCUGGAGGAAGUACAGGAGCACUCUACCUCUGUUGGCAAGGUGUGGCUGACCGUCCUCUUCAUCUUCCGCAUCCUGGUGCUCGGGACGGCCGCCGAGUCGUCCUGGGGGGACGAGCAGGAGGACUUCAACUGCGACACGGAGCAGCCGGGCUGCGAGAACGUCUGCUACGACCGAGCGUUCCCCAUCGCCCACAUACGAUACUGGGUGCUGCAGAUCGUGUUCGUGUCCACCCCCAGCCUGAUCUACAUGGGCCACGCCAUGCACACCGUCCGCAUGGAGGAGAAGAGGAGGAGCCGGGAGGAGGAGGAGGGGGGGGAGGAGAGGGAGGAGGAGGACGGGGCCGGAGGGGAGAGGGAGGAGGACCCGGGAGGGGGCAAAGGGGGAGGGAAACAACACGGGAGGAAAGGAGAGAAGGACAGAGGAAAGGAGGAGAGCAGAGAGGGUCAGCCGGCAGGUCGGGUCCACCUGAGGGGGGCGCUGCUGCAGACCUACGUCCUGAGCAUCCUGCUGAGGAGCGUCAUGGAGGUGGUGUUCCUGCUCCUCCAGUACUUCAUGUACGGCGUGUUCCUCAACUCUCUGUACAUCUGCAAGGCCUCCCCGUGCCCUCACCCCGUGAACUGUUACGUCUCGCGGCCAACGGAGAAGAACGUCUUCAUCGUGUUCAUGAUGACCGUCUCCGCCGUGUCUCUGCUCCUCAGCGUGCUGGAGCUGCAUCACCUGGCGUGGAGACACUGCUGCAGGCGUCACUUCUCAAGAGCGAAGGCCGUCCCUCCAGCCAACGCCUCGCUGGCCCGUCAGCUCUCCGUGCCCCCCCCGCCGCCGCCGCCGCCGCCCACCCCUCCCCCGGACUUCAACCAGUGCGUGAUGGGCUCCUCCCACUUCCUGCCCCUCCCUUUCCCCAACCAGCACCUCGCCAACCAGCAGAACUCUGACAACAUGGCCGCCGAGAAGCACAAGAUGGCCGCCGCUGCCGCUGCCGCCGAGGAGGUGACCCUCCUCCAGAUGAGCCGCUAUCUGCCCGCGUGGCCCGCGGCGGGCGGCGGCCAGAUCCAAGAUGGCGGAUACCUGAGGAGCGGCGUCGACGGGGAGACGGGCGCAGGUCACAAGGACCGGCGGAGGUUCAGCAGGACGAGCGGGACGAGCAGCCGGACCCGAGCCGACGACCUCUCGGUGUAGAGGUCACCCGGGGCGCCGACCCGCUGCGAUCUUUGAGCGAAGAUGGUGUUCGUUCGACUCCUCUUUGCUUUCAGCCUUUUCAGAAGAAGGCUACGGAACGAUGACUCGACUGAAUCCACAGGGAGGAAAGUUCUUCUUUCAGUUUGUUCUCAAACCGCUGAGAACAAACUGGGCCUCACGGAGGCUGAUGGGAGCUCGUUUGAUUGCUGACACUUUUUUUGGUGUACUUGAUUCAUUUUAACGUCUCAUGGGGACUGAAACACGUCUGAAAUGUCGGUUUAGUGUUUUAUUUGUUAUUUGUGUUUAGUAGUUUUACACCGAUCACUUCCAUCAGUGAGGAUUUUUACAUUGUUGGAUUGUUCCUAUAUGGCAGGUUUAUAUUUAUUAUUCUACUUCAAUAAUGUGAAUACGUAUGUUUAAAAAGUUUUGCUAUAUCUGAGUCUCCGAAAUGCUGAUGAAUAUAAAAAGCGGUUUUGUUUUCACAGUGUCUCUUCUCUUUUUUAAUUGAUUCAAUUGAUUAUUGUUAAACUCGACGUGACUCGCCUUAAUAGAAAUGUUAUACACAACAGACAUCUUGACAUUAUGGCACUGCUCUGAAGCAGCAAAAUGGAAUUUGGCCAUUAUUCAUUUUAUAUUUUUCUUCUUGUGAUUUUUCUACUAACAAAAUAAAUGAUUGAAAAACUACUGAU